GCUGCAACACCGGCAACAGCAGCAACACCUGCAACAGCAGCAACACCGGCAACAGCUGCAACACCGGCAACAGCAGCAACACCUGCAACAGCAGCAACACCUGCAACAGCUGCAACACCUGCAACACCGGCAACAGCAGCAACACCUGCAACACCUGCAACACCUGCAACACCGGCAACAGCAGCAACACCUGCAACAGCAGCAACAGCAGCAACACCUGCAACACCUGCAACAGCAGCAACACCUGCAACAGCUGCAACACCGGCAACAGCAGCAACACCUGCAACAGCAGCAACAGCAGCAACACCUGCAACACCUGCAACAGCAGCAACACCUGCAACAGCAGCAACAGCAGCAACACCUGCAACACCUGCAACACCUGCAACAGCAGCAACAGCUGCAACACCUGCAACAGCAGCAACACCUGCAACACCUGCAACACCGGCAACACCUGCAACAGCAGCAACAGCAGCAACACCUGCAACACCUGCAACACCUGCAACAGCAGCAACACCUGCAACACCGGCAACACCUGCAACAGCAGCAACACCUGCAACACCUGCAACACCUGCAACAGCAGCAACAGCAGCAACACCUGCAACACCUGCAACACCUGCAACAGCAGCAACACCUGCAACAGCAGCAACACCUGCAACACCUGCAACACCUGCAACAGCAGCAACACCUGCAACAGCUGCAACACCUGCAACAGCAGCAACAGCAGCAACAGCAGCAACAGCUGCAACAGCUGCAACAGCAGCAACAGCAGCAACAGCAGCAACACCUGCAACACCUGCAACAGCAGCAACACCUGCAACAGCUGCAACACCUGCAACACCUGCAACAGCAGCAACAGCUGCAACACCUUCAACAGCAGCAACACCUGCAACACCUGCAACACCUGCAACAGCAGCAACACCUGCAACACCUGCAACACCGGCAACACCUGCAACAGCAGCAACAGCUGCAACACCUGCAACACCGGCAACACCUGCAACAGCAGCAACAGCUGCAACACCAGCAACACCUGCAACACCUGCAACACCUGCAACAGCAGCAACACCUGCAACAGCAGCAACACCGGCAACACCUGCAACACCUGCAACAGCAGCAACAGCAGCAACAGCAGCAACAGCAGCAACACCUGCAACAGCGGCAACAGCAGCAACACCUGCAACAGCAGCAACACCUGCAACACCGGCAACAGCGGCAACAGCUGCAACAGCGGCAACAGCUGCCACAGCGGCAACAGCUGCCACAGCGGCAACAGCUGCCACAGCGGCAACAGCGGCAACAGCGGCAACAGCUGCAGUUCCCCGUGAAGAUGGCAGGAUCAUUGGCGGUUAUGAGUGUUCGCCUCACUCUCGUCCAUACAUGGCCUCCCUCAACUACGGGUACCACUUCUGUGGCGGGGUGCUGAUCAACAACCAGUGGGUGCUCUCUGUUGCCCACUGUAGGUACAAUCCCUAUUCCAUGCAGGUCAUUCUGGGCGAUCACAACUUGCGAGUGUUUGAGGGAACAGAGCAGCUCAUGAAGUCCAACACCAUCAUCCGGCAUCCUAGCUAUGACUACCAGACUCUGGAUUUCGACAUAAUGUUGAUCAAGCUGUACCACCCAGUGGAGGUGACGGAGGCGGUCGCCCCCAUCCCGUUGCCCACAAGGUGUCCCUAUCGGGGGCUUUCCUGCUCUGUGUCCGGCUGGGGUAACACCAACCUUGGAGGAGAGGUGUACAUGCCCACCCUCCUGCAGUGUUUGAACGUGCCCAUAUUGGACCAGCGGGUCUGUGAGAACGCCUAUCCCGGCAUGAUCUCCCCCAGGAUGGUGUGUGCCGGAUACAUGGAGGGAGGCAAAGACGCAUGCAAUGGUGACUCCGGCAGCCCUCUGGUGUGUGAGGGAGAGGUGCACGGCCUGGUGUCAUGGGGUCAGGGAUGUGCCGAGCCAAACUACCCCGGGGUCUACGUCAGACUGUGUGAGUUCCACUCCUGGUUUGAAGAGGUCCUGGCAGCCAAUCCCUAAAGAAAUUACCAGUUUAUUUUCUUCAC